GUGAGUGACGUCUUUAUAGUUUAUACACCUGUCAAUGUUUUCAUAUUCCCCACGGGUAUUUUUGAAGAAUUCAAGAUAUUAUUUUUUUAUAUAUUCGCGACCAAACAAAACAACAGGAUUUUAUGUGAGUGCAAAUUACGUCAAAGAACGGACGAAGUAGAACAAAAUUUGGCUUAUGAGAAUCUUCUUAGAGGCAUUAUCAGCUAUAUCUGUAUCGAGAAUGAAUGAAGAAUACAAUUUUCAAUUGAUCUCUUGAAUUUGUGUCGAUUUCACAUUCCCGCUCCUUUGGGACGUUGAUGUUUUCGCCAUUGGUGUGACGUCAUUGCGUGGGGUACGACAUUUAUCACACGUUUAACCAAGACAAAAGUAAUGAUUAUUGGAUCGACGCACAACCUUUAAAAGGCCGACGUUGAGCAAUACGGAUUGCAUGAACUCAUGGAUUACAAGGUGAAUCUCGAAGGAAUGGUGAACAACCACGUGUUCUCUAUGGAAGCAAUGGGGAAAGGAAAUAUUUUCGCUGGAAAUCAAAUGGCCCAAAUCCGCAUCACUAAAGGUGGGCCUCUACCGUUCUCAUUUGACAUUCUCUCUGUAUGUUUCCAUUACGGCAACCGAACUUUCACCAAUUAUCCUAAAGAAAUACCCAGUUUCUUCAGGCAAUGUUUCCCAGCUGGCUUUACAAUGGAGCGAUCACUUCGGUUUGAAGAUGGCAGAAUUCUGGACGCUCGUAGUGAUAUUAGCCUGAAAGACGGAAAAUUUGUUGGCCUUGUUGAAUGCAAAGGGGAUAACUUCCCAAACGAUGGUCCUGUGAUGCAAAAAACAAUAAUUGGUUUAGAACCAUCGUUUGAAACUGCGUUUCCCAGAAAUGGUACCAUAAUUGGUGAAGUUAUUCUGUCGUUCAAGAUUGCACGUGGAAGCCAUUACACUUGUCAUAUGAAGACAAUUUACAGGUCAAAGCAACCAGUAAAGAAAUUGCCGAAGUACCAUUUUAUUCAACAUCGUUUGGAGAAAACCAACACUCUGGAUGACGGAAAAUACAUUGAGCAACACGAGACAGCUAUUGCACAAUUCUCGAGCAUUACAAAGCCUAUUGGGUCAUUAUAUUAUUGGGCCUCGUGAUUUGGGACAAAAUUCGGACCGAAACAGCACAAUAAACGUGCUUUUUGUAGCCUGCGUGGAUAGUGAAGGGCAGGGCAAAACAUUAGAUAGUAAGGGCAGAGCAGAACUUUAGAUAGUUUCAGGUGAUUACAUUCUAGAAGCACUCGCUGCAUGAUGUUAAUACGUGGAGGAUACAAAGAAAAAUCAUAGAAGUCUUGUUUGAUUGCUAUCAGUAAAAUAGUUCCGUUUUGGAGAAAAGUAACUCUUAAAUGAAAAUAUUGAAUGAAAUUGGUGCAUCCUUAGCUUUGAG